AUGGAAUAUCGGCUCAAGUUACUCGUAUUCUUGGCUAUUUCCUUUGUUCCUACUAAACCUACACUUCUCAAUCAGUGUUAUUUGUCUGGAACGUCAUGUAUCAGAUUUGUAAAAUCUGAUUUUCAAUUUGUGGAUACCGUUCAAUUGACCAGCGACAAUGUGCCGACACUCAAAGACUCCUCGUCGACUACCUCGACUCGUAUUGUGCUCAGCGAGCUUCUGAGUCAUUUGACAUUCAAUCAUAGUUGGACACUUGCGGCUUUGGUGGUCAACGCGGGAACACGCACCAAUGUGCAGUGGAACAUUGCGUCCGAUGAGAAAAGCGAGAAUCCCAUCGAGCUACAGGAUCCAGAUGGCUAUGACAGUCUAUUUGCAAAUUUAUCUGUCCAUUGCGUCGACAUUGAAAAUUAUGCGGAUGAUGUGAAACGGGUUGUUGUGGUCCCGCCAGACUACAAUUUCUUUUUCACCGUCAAUGGUACCAACACAAAUUGUGCUAGUAGUGGUUUAUCUGUCAUUCCCUUUCUCUGGGACACCGACAACCGAGCCAGUAUAAGAGGACUAUCCUAUUUUACUCAAACCGACUGUACCGACGUAAGUCUGAAUAUGAAAGGUACUCAAUCUGUUGGAACCCCUCAGGCGUGCUUUAAACUUUCCGUUCCGUCAUUGCUAGUUAGAUUCUGCCCGAAUUUCAAUAACAGUAACCUCGAAAUUCGGAUCGAUCAAACCGAGGAUUUCACAGUUGAACUGUCUGAUGACUUGAUGGGAAUCAAUAUUAAGCGUGUCAACAAGUCCGUUGAGUUUCCAAUAGGUAUCAUGAAUUGCGAUUUACUGAUGGACGCAUCUGAGAAUCUUGGAGAGAACCCAGUUUGCUUAGGAGACGGGGAGAACGUUGCCGUGAAAUUUGGCGCAAAUCCUAAAAUGGCAUUGAAGCAAGAAGUGAAAACGAAAUUCUCACCGCGGACAGCGUUCCUGAAAAACGCGAAAAACGCGGUGUACCCAAAUUUCACAGUCUCUCACGAAAAAGCAGUGGCAACUUGUUCGAAUUCCACAAAAUUCGAAGUUAAACAAAUUUCGGGGAACGGCUUCAUGCCAUUGAAGUUUGAAUGGUCGAUUUUGAAUGGCACGGAUAACAUGCAAAAGCUGGCCAACUCAAUAAGCGAGAGGCUGCUGGAAAUUCCAAGUCAACAUCUUUCCACAAGUAAUGUUGUAGUAGUAACUGGAUGUAAUGUAGCAGGAAAGUGUACAUCGAGUGGACCAAUAAAAACAGAGCUUGUUGAUGAUGCAUCAGUAUUUUCAGUGUCUAUCGAUGGGUUAGAACAAGAGACACCAGCAAGUUUCGGAUUACACCUUCAUGCUAAUCCAACGUUCAAGCAAUGUAGCUCCAAAACGUCUCCAAAAGAUGUUCAGUACGAAUGGAAACUCAACGGAGAAGGUCAAAUGACUGACGAUGGUCUGAAACUUCCAGCCUACUCAUUUUCUGUUGAUGAGCUGGUGAAUAUCACGUUGAUAGCUAGAUACAGCCAUGAGAAGUCGUAUUCUUCGAGUACCACUAAAACCAUUCAUUACUUUGGUCUUCCAUUGUUAGUGACUCUGGACUGUGUGGAGCGACAAGUCGGAAAGGAUCAUGACCUACUUAUUCGGGUCCUAGCAGUCGAUCAGAACAGAAAAGAUUCUGAUCUGCAGUACCAGUGGAGCUGUGAAAUAAUAAACGGAACAAAGAAUAACUGCAAUAUCUUAGAUUUAAACACUCAGGAAGAAUUAUUGAAGAUCCCCAGUUCCAAACUCACACAGAAUACCAUAAUGAACGUCACAGCUACAGUAUCCUCAGGAGAUCAAUCUGAUAGCUCUUCCUGCUUAGUUACUGUAGGAGCAUCUCAGCUUCCGACGGUUUCGUUUUUCAGAUUAGAGGAAAAAAAACAGAACGCAUUUGAUUAUAUCAGAAUCCAAGCUCUUGUCAGUUCCUCCUUACCUACAUUAAAUAUCACAUGGGAAGUGGUCCGAGAUUCACAAUUCGGGUUUUUCAACAUCACCUCUUUUUUGCCAAGUCCCACGACUAUUAUCAAAGAUGUUCCAGCUAAAUCUGAUGUUUUUGUGUCGCUAACAAUACCACCUUCCGGGACACAGCUAGCAGCUUGGCCAGGGCUAAUGAGUGGAAAAACUUUUGUGAUCCGACUAUGGGCGUCGAACGACAAAGGAUCAUCUUUCGCGGAUUUACACCUUCUAACCAAUGCUCCACCAACCACAGGAUACAUAGAUAUUUCUACUCCUACUUACCCAGCAGUUGCACUUGAGACUCCCAUCACCUUCUCGGUUGGCGAUGGCUGGAAUGACGACAAGGACGAUUUGCCUUUGAGCUACCAGUUCGGAUACAAAAUUCUCUACGCCGACAACACCACUUAUGAAUAUCUGGGCCCUCGGAGCACAGUAAAGUCGAUACAGUUUUACCUGCCCUCAACCACCGGCAACAGCUCCGAAGAAUGUGGACAGCGUGUUGGCAUCAGUGCAACAUUAUCCGUUUGCGAUCGGCUGGGAUCUUGUAGUUCUGAAGAAUCUGGAGUAAUCACUAUUGAACAAUCGGAAAAUGUGACAUUGGCUGGAAUGGAUUUGAUUAGUUUACUGAAUACAGAUGUGGUGAAUGGAAACUUCAUAUCUGCUAUUGCCAAAAUCAACGCGUUGAACAUCGAGUUGUGUACAGAAAAUUUUGACCAGAGUCAGACAGAUAAAAUCACAAUGCUUCUUUUCCAAUCGCUCGGUGAAUCCAGUGAGAGUGCAGAUUUUCAAGAAGCUCUCCGUGCCGCCUACUCAUUGUUGCCAGUAGUAUCGUCUGAUAUUCUAACAGUUCUAAUGGAUGUCUUAUCAAAUUAUCGUCAAUUAACGUUUGAAGGAGUUGCUCCAUCCACUGAGGGAUCAACUAGGAAAAAACGAGCUACAGAAGUGGUUGCGGAUUCAGCUGUGAAAGUGUACAAGGCUACAGAAUCUGAAGCUACGGAUAUGCUGAAAGUAUACGACAUUCUGAUUGGAAAAGACAAACCUGUGGUUGAUGUGUUCUUCUUGAAUAUUAAUGAUUUUUUGACUGGAUUUUGUGUUCAAUUGGAUGAAGAUUCGAAGAGAUAUAUGUCGGCUACGGGAGGUGGCUAUACAGAAAUCCAGACUCAAACUGUGAAUGUGAAUCGAGAUGGGUACAGUGGAAAGUUCAAUAUCAGUGGACCAAACUUCUCAAAUAUCUCCUUCUCUUCCUACUUCUCAUCCUCCUAUUCCUCUUGGACCUGCGGCUCCGGUUCGAGCUCUACAUGCAGAUACGUGUGCCUUGGCACCGCUUGGAUUUCUAGCAGCGCAAUCAAUGAUAACACUUACCUCGCGGAGGAUUUGUUCUUGAAUUAUUAUGAUUUAUCGAUCAACAAAAGUGUGUCGGAUCUCCAUCAGCUCAGCUUGGUAGAUCCUAUUUCUGGUACUAUUUUAACACCAUCAAACGGACAGAUUUUGUACUCUGUGGAUAUCGAAGUCAAAAACUACAAACCUAUCAAUUAUUACAAUUGCUACAUCUACAAUCAAAAUACAAGAUGGGACUUCCGACAAUGCAUGCCUUCAAAUUAUGCAAAAUCAGUGAACGGAAAAAAUUUUCUGACAUGUAAUUGUUCAUCUACAGGAAUUAUUGGUGUAUUCCUCACCAAUGGACCUCAACCAGAUCCGUUAUCAGAUCACAAUGAAAUUUUAUUAACUCUUGUGAUAGAUGUGGACGUGACAGCUGAUGAUUUGUCGAAGAUGUUCACUAGAAUUGCAAAUUUAUCGGAAGUGAAUCAAAAGCGGUUCGUGAAAAUAUCCAAUCGAGGGAAUAGAACGAUCCAGGCAACACUGCGGCCACCAUAUCGAGCUGACCAGAAAACCAAUGGUUUAGCAGUCCAGUCCAUACAAAAAGCCAUAGGAUAUCAGAAACUAUUGAACAUGAUCACAGUUUUAAAUUUCACAUAUUCUAUAGUCAAGCGAGAUCUCAGCGGAGACUCUUAUGCCAGAAAAAUCACAUUCAACUUCCUCAAAAACUACGCACCUCAACUAGCUGCUCCUUCUGCAGGUGAUGCUGAUGAUUAUGCAAAACAGUGGUCCCAAUCUAUUGCGUCGACAAUACAGAUUUCGCAAUACCGCUUCAAAAAUUACAAAUUAUUUUUUGGUAACCUAUACAUAAGAAAGGAAUUCGUGAAAUAUGAGUUUUCAGGUGUUAUCUACAAUGUGACCGUCACUUUGCCAUUCACAGAUGAGAAGAAACCAUUGAGUGCUGAGGAAAUAUCAUUGAUGAUACAGGAAUGCUCAAAAUAUGGAGAAUUCGAUUUCCAAUUUGCCGACGAAUCCGUACAAGUCGGUGCAAUCAGUGAUAAUGAUAUCACAAUGCUCAUGGUUUUACAUGAAACCAACUCCCUCAUGAUUGCGCUGGCCGUUGUAUUAUCCGCAGUUCUUGGUCUCGGAACCGUUUAUGUCAUUGGUGCUGUUCUGAUGAAACUCCGCACUGAUAAGCUGAUAGUGGAGGAACGAAGACGGGCCAAUCUGGAAGAAAAUCAAUUCCGAUUACCACCCCCACCAGAAUAUCCGGCAAACACGACCCCGUUCCACGUAGUAGAUCAAUAUCCUCUUCGCCGACAACGAACCGAAGUGCGACAAUUCUGA